AUGACCAAGCAUAAUAAGAAGAACGGCAAGAACGGCAGCCAUCGCUGCGGCCGCUGCGGCAACCGCCUGUCCGAGGCCUGCAAGCGCAAAGGCCACAUGGUCCCCUGCCCCAUCCACACGGACGCGCACCAUGUCCCGGGCGACGAGUGCGUAAGCUGCAAGGAAACCAGACAUGCCGAGGAGCGCGUGGAGAGAUCCGAGCGCGAAGCCGCGAGGGAGGCAGAACGGAGGGCGGAAGAGGAGAAGGCGAGAGAGGAGCUUCUGGGUGCAGAGAGCUUGAAGAAGAAGAGGGAGAAGGCGGCGAAGAAGGAGAGGGAUAGAGAGAAGAGGAGGCAGGAUAUCGAGGGGUAUGGACUCGGUGAGGAUCGCAUGAAGAAGGUGAAGAAGCUUUCAGCGUUUGGCAAGCCACGAAAGGAACGAACGCUAAGCUACUAG